AUGAUGAAUUUUGACCAGAAGGCCGUGAAAUUCCUGGCAAAUUUUUACAUCAAUGGAGGCAAACACUGGACCCAUGGUCCCCUGAGUCAGAAGCCACUAGAGCCCACCCAGACCGAGGCUGCUGUGCUGUUGUCAGGGGCGGCCUGGGAUGAGAUGUGGCCCUCGGGAAGGCAGGAGCUUCCAGCUGGCCUCAGGCGAAGAAUGGGCACCCCCUGGGAGUCCCUGCCAACCUGCACCCGGACCCUGAGGGAGCUGCUGUUGGAGCAGCGCCCCCCCAUCGUGACCGACCUGGAUGUCCCCAGCCCCACCAAGUACCAGAUGCUGAGCCCAUCUGUGCGAGAAUCCUCCCCACACCCCCAGUACAGCAUGGGCCGCAAGCACUCUGGCCGAGAGGGCGGUGGCCGCAGGGCCUGGCAAACCAUGUGGUUCCAGAGCGAAAGCCCCUUCACGCAGAAAGCAGACUUUAACCGAGAACAAAAGUGGCCAUCGCCCGCCGACCACCGGCCACACAGCCGGCCUGCCUUCCCGGCAUUCAGCUUUGGAGGCCACCCCCCUGCCUCCAAGACACCUGGGGGCCACGCCUGCCCAGCACUGGCCCGGGCCAGGGGAUCAGACCCCCAUGUCCAGUCCCCGCUCCAGGCUCCUCCGCGGCCCCAGGGGGAGAAGCGCCCCAGCCCCAACUCCUACAACAUCCUUCCUGGGAGCCGCCUGCAGAGCCCACGCCCGCCUGCCUUCUCCAUGGGCCGCUCACCCGCGCUCGCCUGCUGGGUCAGCUCCUCCCGGACCCCUGGCCCGGCCGCCUACUACGUAGAGGACUGCUACAACUCGCGCUUCCCCUCUGCGCCCGGCGUGGUCAUCCAGGGCGUGCGCAGGCCCAAGCGCCACGACACAGGCCCCUUCUGCACACUCUAG